AUGUUGAAGUAUUCCGGCGCCCGAUGCCUCGCGUUCGGGGCCUCCCUGGUGAGGCGGAACUUCUUCCCCCUCGGCUACUCCUCGGGGCCGAAAAACCGGCAAAUUCUCCUCCCGCCGAAUAAUUUUGACGGACGCGCGGUCAAUUCGAUGCGAAAACUCAAAAGUUCAACCCCCUCGCAGGAGUUGAUGGUUUCUCGCGAUAAAUUAAAACUUUUUUGCGAAAAUUGUCGAUUUUGUUGGGUCCACGACACCCUCACGGUGCGAUGUCCGGCCCACCCGACGGAGCAUAACCAACGCGAGAUAUGGAUUCACCCGACCUGGACAUGGGGGCGGCAGCAACCUUUUCAAUAUUAUAAAUACCUCCCUUUGACGAAAAAUCCACGAACGUUAAUGCCGCUCGCGAGGGAGGACGCGAAAUCGAUGAAUAAUGAGCGCCGCGCGCAGGGAUUGACCACGCGAACGCGGCUUUUGCAGAAGGACAAGCAGGGAAUUGCGCGGCGGAUUACCGGAUUGGGGGUGCGGAACCUCCGCUGGCAAACUCGAUUCCCUUUUCCGACGUAG